AUGGAUCAACUAUUUGGCUGUUUUGGAAAGAGAUCUAAAAAGUAUGUUGUGGAAGCAGAUCAGAGGAGGCAGACACACGACUCUCAGAAGAGUGGGUCUGUCCCAGACGCUCCUGCUGCCAAGAAGAAGGGCCCAAAGAUCCUGUGGUGGCGUCGGCUCUUUGGCCGCCUUCAGGGAAAGAAGUUUGGGAAGGUUGCACCAGCUGCUGAAGAAGAGACACCACAGGAACAGAGCAACUCUCCUCCUGACCAGGUAGAGCAGGUGACCAGCGCAGAGGACAACAAUGAUCCUCCAGCUGAGCCCAUGACGGACAUACAAGAGAUCAUCAUCACUGUGGAGUCUUUCAGCGCAGAGGAAAACAAUGAUCCUGAAGAAGAGACACCACAGGAACAGAGCAACUCUCCUCCUGACCAGGUAGAGCAGGUGACCAGCACAGAGGAAAACAAUGAUCCUCCAGCUGAGCCCAAGACGGAGGAUCAGAAGAUCAUCUCCACUGUGAAGCCCGUCAACUUUACAAGUCUUGGGUUCCCCAACCCUGCCAACUUCUGCUACAUCAACUCCAGCCUGCAGAGCCUCCUGACGCUGGAGGACUUCGUUACAGCCAUCAGCUCUCAGGAGCAGGUGUGGAGUUUGCUCCCUGAGGCUGAACUCAUGAGAUUAUUCAUGGACAUCAAAGCGUCUCACUUUUCCAGUGAUUUGACCCACAAAUUUAUCCUCACCAUUAAGUUCAAGGAGGCGGCCUCUGUCUGGAGCCCGGAGUUCGAGGAUUUCGAACAGAAAGACGCUCAUGAGUUCCUCAUCUCCGUGCUGGACCAGAUACGAUCUCUGGGCGUGGAGCUUCGGGUGAUGGCGGCCACAAUGGACAUGAGCUACAGGUGUCCAGUGGAGGAUCAGCUGCUGUUUAGGAUGCAGAAGACCAGGACCUGCAAGAGCUGUGGAGAAGAAUCCAUCAGACAGGAGGAGUUCACUAACCUGUCCCUCGACCUGUUACCUGAAGGAGGGACGGUGAUGGGCAUGCUCGAGGACUACCAGAAGGAGGAGAAGCUGGAGUAUCGGUGCGAGUGUGGAGGCACCACAUCAGGCCAGCGCUCAGCAUUCGUGAACCUGCCUAAGGUGCUCGUCUUACACCUGAAGCGCUUCGAGUACACCGACAACUUCGAGCUCCAAAAGGUCCACUGCCCCGUCUUCCUCUGCAGAGACCUCGUGGUCUCCUCUCAACAAGGUGGCUGCUGCUUGAGUCUGGUCAGCAUCAUCAGUCAUGUCGGCUCCGGACCAGAAGAAGUCACUGUAUGA